AUAUUCCUCACUUAUUUCCUGACAGAUAAUAAAACAAAUAAUUUAUCAGCAGAACUGAGCACCUGCCUCAUGUGGGCGGAGCUACGUGUGACGCUCGUAUCGUGGGCGGGUUUAGACGCACGUGGCCCCGCCCCUUCGCCUACGUAUGACAGCACAGGAAGCAUCUCAUUUUCACAAUGAGGCUCAGUUAGCGAGCUGAGAGAAGUUUUAACAACAAGUGAGAAGACGAGAGAGAGAGAAUAGAUUCAUCUGCAGUAUUAGAGUUUAUAAAGUAAAGUAAAAGUGAAGGAGACACACACACACUCACACACACACACACACACACACACACUCACACACACACACACACACACACACACACAGAGGAAGGCCAGAUGUGCAGUUUGUGUGCUUCUCACUUCUCGCUGGUUUUGGCGUGAAAAACUUACAGAGGAACUCGCUCUGCUUGUGUAGCUUGAGUUUUCAGAUGAGUGUGAAAUUGUCUGGUUUCAGAACAAGGCAUUAGAAACAGGUGAUGGCGCAGGACGGGGGUGUGCAGUACGAGCCUGUGGCAGAGAUUGGGGGCGGAGCUUAUGGCACAGUGUAUAAAGCUCGAGAUAAAGAAAGCGGCAAGUUUGUGGCUCUGAAAAGCGUCAGAGUUCAGACCAAUCAGGACGGACUUCCUCUGUCCACUGUGAGAGAGGUCGCGCUGCUCAAACGCCUCGAACAGUUCGACCAUCCCAACAUCGUCAAGCUGAUGGAUGUGUGUGCAAGUUUGAGAACUGAGCAGGAGACGAAGGUGACUUUGGUGUUUGAACAUGUGGAUCAGGAUCUGAAGACGUAUCUAGAGAAAGCACCGCCCCCUGGACUGCCCCUUCACCAUGUCAGGGAUCUGAUGCAUCAGUUGCUGUGUGGUUUGUCAUUCCUUCACUCUCACCUGGUUCUCCAUCGGGACCUGAAGCCAGAGAACAUCCUGGUGACGAGUCGCGGUCAGGUCAAACUCGCCGACUUUGGACUGGCUCGAAUAUACAGCUGUACCAUGGCUCUAACACCUGUGGUGGUGACAUUGUGGUACCGUUCCCCGGAGGUUCUGCUCGGUUCUAGCUAUGCCACCCCUGUGGAUCUGUGGAGUACCGGCUGCAUUUUUGCUGAGAUGUUCACACGGAAGCCACUGUUUUGUGGGGAAUCAGAAGUGGACCAACUGACCAAGAUCUUCUCUGUGAUUGGUCUGCCGAGGGAGGAGGAGUGGCCUAAUGAUGUCACACUCUCAAGAGAAAACUUCAGUUCUCAGAAUCCUCAGCCAAUCACAGAACAGAUCCCUGAGUUUACCAAGGAGGGGGCGGAUCUGCUCAUGAAAAUGUUGACCUUUGACCCCCUGAGACGGAUAUCAGCCCAGAAAGCUCUGGAUCACGGUUUCUUCUCUGACCAAUCAGAUCACUCGUAAAGACGACGUGACUGCUGUUAAAGAAAGAGUUCUAAUUGUAGUCCAGUCACUUCAUCAUGUGACGUCAUGAGACCACAGGGACCAAAAACUGACCUUUAACCUGCAUUUGUCUUUGUGUCACAUGUUCAGUACAUCUAAUGUUUUAUUUUCUUUAUUUUAUGUUGUACUAAAGUCCAGUCGCCCCGAAUGCUCCCUAACACUCAUGGUCCUGACCCGGUCCAGUCGCCCCGUAUGCUCCCUAACACUCAUGGUCCUGACCCGGUCCAGUCGCCCCGUAUGCUCCCUAACACUCAUGGUCCUGACCCGGUCCAGUCGCCCCGUAUGCUCCC